AUGUCAACAACGGCGUAUCUGAUUAUUGGAUGGUACGAUGAUAACUUACAAUGGACACCUUCUGUUUUCAAUGGCAUACAACACAUCCUUACUCCUCAGUCUGAUAUCUGGAAACCCGACAUCGCGCUUCAAAAUGGAUUCACAAAACUAAAGGAUCUGGGGGAUGAUUUUAUAUUAUCGGCAGUGGAGUAUGACGGAUAUGUAUCAUGGAUCCCAUUCGAGGUUUUUGACACAAAAUGUUCUAUUGAUAUUAAAUAUUUUCCGUUCGAUCGCCAGACAUGUGACAUCAUCCUAGGAGUCUGGAUCAGUACCGUGGACGAAAUUGAUGUUGAGGUGGGAUCGAAAGGUAUACAAAUGGACGAUUACCAGACGAACGGGGAAUGGGAUGUUGUAAAUACUUCUGCUGUGGCCUCUCUAUCUAAGUAUGAUGAAUCUAUGGUCACGUUUUCAAUAACGAUGAAGAGAAAACCUCAGUAUAUUAUGGUAAGCGUUCUAUUGCCAAUUCUGAUGUUGUCGAUUCUAUCUGUAUGCACCUUCAUCAUCCCGAUAGAGAGUGGUGAAAAGAUCAGUUACGCGAUGACUCUGUAUCUUGCUUUUGCUGUUUUUCUUACCAUUGUGAGUUCGUCACUUCCGAAAAGCGCGACAAUGUCAUUAUUGUCAACAUACCUUGUAGUACUUCUAAGUAUUGGAACGACCAUCAUCAUAAUUACAGCGAUCCAACUACGUCUACAUUUCAGGGACUCUGCUAAGGAGAUACCACACUUUCUGAAAGGUCUCGCGAGAUUCUGUAAAUGGGUGAAAUGUCGGCGGUCGACAAAAAAGAUACAAGCGUGGAAUGGAGUGAAGAAAAUAAAAAUCCAAACCCAGGUUAUGUCUGCAGAUCAAAAUCUGUCUCCUACACCGAAACACGAAUGUACGAAAGACAAGAUCACGUGGUCAGAUGUUACGUCAGCGAUUGACUUUCUGUGUUUCUUGGUGUUCUUUAUUGUGAUAAUUAUAUCUACGAUCUCGUUAUUCGUUAAAGGAUACAAUGAAAGUAAUGGAGAAGAGUAA